AUGUCACGUUGGCAGAAGCAGAAGCAGCAGAAGCAGCAGCAAGAAGGCGUAACGUAUUGUGUGUAUGUGCCGCCCCAUAAAGCUCCGCCCACUUUUCCGGCGACGACACCUUUUGGGAAGAUUUGCAUGCCAUUCUAUUGCUGGUCGAUGGGGGCCACCACAACUACUCGAUCCGGGUGUAACAUGUGGAUCUCAGCCGUGCUAUUGUUGAUUGCGUUUUCUACAGUUGCAGAUUCUAUGUCCAUUCCACUGCGCGAGGUGAUUCUCCAAUGGUCGGAUAAUAUGGCUCCAGCGGAAGUGCUCUCCAGUGGUUAUCAACGGUUAUCCAGAUCUUUUAACAUGGGUCCAGACGUUGUUGAAAACUGCUUCAAAUUUUCUGGAAAGUUCUCAAAGAUUCCCAAAAAUUAUUUGAUUGAUGGCAUGGAUAGAUUCAAAUGGUAUUUUAUGAAAUUUAAUGAUUCUUUAAAAACCGCAGAAAAGGUCAGCACACUACAUGCCUAUGAAUUUGAACACGAGAUUACGGUAACAGUAACCUCGUGGAAUUUCACAGGCUACCGAGUUUUUUGCCGUUAUCUAGACACGGACGGUGCAGAAAUUGGUAACCCUUAUGAGAGUUUCGCAUAUCCAGAAUAUAUUGUACAUUGUCCAAAACGAGCAGGAACUCAAAAAAUUGGUUUAAGUGUGACUCAAAAUGGAGAAUUUCUACCAUUACCUCUAGUAGAUAGAAUUCUGAAAAAACCAAAGUAUGAGCUAUCAAUGUGUGUGGCUACAAUAUACGGGGAGGAGCCGAAAUGGUUGAUGUUCAUCGAAAUGAUAGAACACUACAAACUACAAGGUGUUCAACACUUCUACCUGCAUAUUCAUAAAGCAUUGGAGUAUGAUUUGAAAGUGAUAAAUGAUUAUGCAAGAACUGGUGAAGUGGAAAUUCAUUAUCUCCUGGAAAGAGAUAAGCGAACUGAUAAUCACUGGCAUAUGGUCAACAUAGCGGACUGCCUAAUUUGGUCCCGCGGAGAAUCCAAAUGGACCAUUUUCGCAGAUCUGGAUGAGCGAAUUCUGAUGACAGAGUAUCCGGGAACAAUUCUAGAUUAUAUCAAAAAGGUGGAGGGUCCGAGGAUAGGAAGUUUGAGAUUUCGACAGCAGUGGGUGCUGAAAACCGAAUUGAUGCCAAAGAGAUUUGAAUCUAAGGAUAAGCUUAUAGAAUGGAUGCCUACUCAUCGGUGGCACAACUCGUCCGCGGUUGGACCACGGGGGCAUACUGCAAAAUGUAUUGUGGAUACAUCAAAGGUGUUUAUAAUGUUCAUUCAUUAUGUAACGGAAUUUUUUCCUGGAGGAGAUUAUGUCGAAGUCGAUGUUGGACCAGAGAAAGGGAUCGUUAGACACUAUCGAGAUCAAUCUCUGGGAAAUUGGGGACAGAAAUGGUUAAAGGAGACACUGGAAUUCGGGUCGUUGAGAAAUACGGACUAUCCAUCGAAAUAUCUCAAAAAUCUGACAGAGAAUGUGAUUCGGAGAGCUACUUAUGUCUAUGAUAACGAACUUGAUUAA